AUGUUUUUAAUGAGUUUUACAAAUUUGUAUCCCUUUUGCAUAAGUAUGCCAUGCAGCAGGAAAAUAACUCAAAAGGUUUAUGCCUUUGAUAACAACAUAACGAAUAGAGGAAAUGUACCAGUGUCUUUGGUAAAGAAGGGGAAAAAACAUCCUGUGGGUCCUAUACUUCUUGUCCUUUUUAUUUUUGUUGUUAUUGGAUCAGUUAUAGUCCAAAUAUUGAGUAUAAUACAGAAGUCUAAAUCCUUUGAUUGA